GAUGUUGCUCCUGCAAAUGGAAUCCGCUUCCCGGGUCAAAUUCAAGGCCGGAGAAGUCUCCUCAAUUAUUAGGCGCUUAUCUCCUCCUCCUCCUCCUCCUUUGUUCUCUUUCUCCCGAGGCCCGCUUCAGGGAGAACCUUCGUCUCCCCAAUUCGAGCUCAUCUGCCGCUAUUCGCCCGAUCGCCGCCGAUUACUUCCCGGUACUGCUUUCUCCCCUCGGUUUCCAAGGACUAUGCACGGAUCGUGGCGAUCAGUCCUUGAAGAUGCCGGCUUUUCCUGAGGUUUAGGGAUGGAGGAGGGCGCAAAGAUGGAGAAGGAUAUGUCGUCAGCUGCGGCUUUUGUGGAAGGGGGCAUCCAAGAUGCUUGCGACGAUGCCUGCAGCAUAUGUCUUGAGGAAUUCUGCCAAAGAGAUCCUUCAACAGUUUCUGAUUGCAAGCACGAGUUCCAUCUCCAGUGCAUUCUUGAGUGGUGCCAGAGAAGUUCUCAGUGCCCCAUGUGUUGGCAGUCCAUCUCUUUGAAGGAUCCUGCAAGCCAGGAAUUGCUUGACGCUGUAGUAAGGGAGAGGAACAUUAGGCUAAACCAAACAAGAAGAACCACUAUCUUCCAUCAUUCAACUUUUGGAGAUUUUGAAUUGCAGCAUCUACCAGGAAGUGGAAGUGAUGCUGAAUUUGAAGAGCGCUUAAUGCAGCACUUAGCUGCUGCUGCAACAAUGGGAAGGCUACACCAUAUUUCCCGGAGAGGAGGGCAUCGUGGUAGCUCAGGAUCUCAUCGCCAACCACAGUUUCUUAUCUUUUCUCCACAUCCAAAUGCAUCCUAUGUUGGCUAUCAAUCUUCCUCUUCUGAACGAGAAGAAAAUGAGCCAACUGUGUCAACAGAAGAAACCCACACAACUCCAACUCAAACCGAGCAGAAUGAUGCAAUAGCAUCAGAAAUCAGCCCCAAUCAUAGUAGGCCCAGUACCGCUGUCAGCCAAUCAGUUCCAGUCCUUCAAGACAGACCUGGACCAUCAGAUUUUCAAUCUUUCUCCGAAUCCUUACGAUCUCGUCUAAGUGCUGUCUCAAUGAGGUACAAAGAGUCUAUCACCAAGAGUACUCGAGGAUGGAAAGAGAGGCUUUUCUCUCGUAAUAGUUCCGUGGCUAAUCUUACUUCUGAAUUUAGGAGAAAGCCAAAUACUCAAAUUGACACAGGCACACACAUGGUAGAUCACCUAGAGACAAUGGAUAACAAUCCUAGUGCUUUUACUUUACAUGAUGUUGUAGUCAACUCAGCUGCAAUAUCCAAUAAUGAAGGGGUCACUGGGAAUCAUGUGGCCAGUCUUCCAACUGAUAGCACUUCGUCAGCUCCUUGUCAUCCAGCCUCCAAUGCAAACUGAGUUUUAUCAAACAUUACAGGAACUGAGACAUUGUGCAGAUAUCCUGUCUGAUACUUUGCUUACAGAUGGAAUUUAAAGUGACCCAAAGAAACAUCAUGAAAUGGGGUAUUCUAUUUCGAUGUAGUAAAUUUGCUUACUUUCUGUUAUUUGGCCAACUAGUUGUCUGUUGUUGAAGAAUCUGUCUCCCUGAAUGACAGAUACAUUGCUUUAUAUAUACACUAUUAUGAUUUUAUGUAUGCUAGCAACUAAAUUGUAGGGAUAUAUAUGUGUUUGUGUAUCUGGAACCUAUUGAGAUUACUCUAACUGUAUGCCUUAACAUUGAAUUGCAAAUGAUUGGGAUUUUGGAGUAUCUUGUGCCUCUGUUCCAGGUACUCCUCGUAAUUUUCCAGUCA